UUUUAAAUUUAGAGAAGAAGAAUGGACACAGGAAACUGUUCUGCCUUGAAUGAGUUCGUUUUCCUGGGAAUUACAGAUAACGCAGAUAUCAAAGUGACCCUUUUCACAGUGUUUCUCCUGGUUUACCUCUUCGAUCUCCUGGCAAACCUGGGGAUGGUGACUUUAAUCAUAGUGGAUCCCCACCUGCACACCCCCAUGUACUUCUUCCUCAGCCACCUCGCUUUCUGUGACCUCUGCUACUCCACAGCAAUUGGGCCCAAGAUGCUGGUGGACUUGGUGGCCCAGAAGAAGUCAAUCCCUUUCCUGGGCUGCGCUCUGCAGUAUCUGACCUUCUGUGUCUUUGCAGACUCGGAGUGUCUGCUGCUGGCGGUGAUGGCCUUCGACCGGUACAAGGCCAUCAGCAGCCCCCUGCUGUACACAGCCCACAUGUCCAGCAGGCUGUGCUCCCUGCUGGUGGCUGGGGUUUACCUGGUGGGGCUGACAGAUGCUCUGAUCCACACCACACUGACAUUUCGCCUGUGUUUCUGCGGGUCUAACGAGAUCAAUCAUUUCUUCUGUGAUGUCCCUCCUCUUCUAUUCAUAUCUUGUUCUGACAUAGAGGUCAAUGAGCUGGUCAUUUUCACUAUAUUUGGUUUCAUUGAACUGAGCACCAUCUCUGGAGUCCUCAUCUCCUAUUGCUACAUCAUCUUAUCCAUCUUAAAGAUCCGCUCUGCCGAGGGAAGGUUCAGAGCUUUCUCCACCUGUACCUCCCACCUCUCUGCGGUUUCCAUUUUCCAGGGAACCAUGCUCUUCAUGUACUUCUGGCCCAGUUCUGCCUACUCCCUAGACCAGGACAAAAUGACCUCACUGUUUUACACCCUGGUGAUCCCCAUGCUGAACCCGCUGAUUUACAGCCUGCGGAACAAGGACGUGAAGGAGGCUGUGCAAAAGCUGGGAAGUAAAAGGUGGUUUUAA